AUGACUAAUUUUGGUCGAAUGGGGCUAAGACCUGAAUUUGUAGAAGGUGUCAUUGGUUUUGUGGAGUAUGCAAAGACAUUAGAUCCUUUUCAACGUAGUGGUAUGAUUAAGUGUCCUUGUAAUAAAUGUCAAUGUUUGAAUUAUGAAAAACCAGAUGCUGUUGAGCUUCAUAUCUAUCGAAAUGGGUUUAAAAAAGAAUACACUGUGUGGACUAGUCAUGGAGAAAUUGAUAAUAACUUUGAUGUAUUCCAACAUUAUGUUGCUGGUGAAAGUAGUAGCAAUGUGAGUUCUAAUGCACAAAACUGUAGAAUUGAUGACAUGGUUCAAGAUGCUUUUGGUGUGCAUUCUGAUUUUGAUUUUGUUAAUCAAGGUGAAAAAGCUCCUAAUGCUGAAUGUAAAAUUUUCUUUGAAAAAUUGGAAUCUGCUAGACGGCCUUUAUAUGAGGGUUGUCCACACUCACAGUUGUCUAUUGCGGUUAGAUUAUUAAGUAUCAAAUCAGAUUGGAAUGUACCUCAAGGGGCAAUGGACUCUGUGAUUGACCUUAUUCAUGAUUUAGUUGACCCAAAUCUAGAGAUACCUGAUAAUUUCUAUAAGGCAAAGAGGUUGGUAUCAAAGUUAGGAAUGUCAUCGAUGAGAAUUCAUUGUUGUGAAAAUGGUUGCAUGUUAUACUAUAAGGAUGAUAUUGAUCUAGAAUCGUGUAAGUUUUGUGGAAAAUGUCGUUAUAAGCAGACAGCUAGUGGGAAGAAAGUUCAUAUUAAGGCGAUGCAUUACUUACCUCUUAUACCAAGGUUAAAGAGGUUGUAUGCGUGUAAUAGAUCUGCUCCUCAUAUGAGAUGGCACCAUAAACAUAAAGGACCACCUGGAGUUAUGUGUCAUCCAUCCGAUGGAGAGGCUUGGAAGCAUUUUGAUAGAACAUAUCCACAAUUUGCAGCUGAACCACGUAACAUUAGAUUGGGUUUAUGUUCAGAUGGAUUCACGCCACAUUCUGUUUCUGCUGCACCAUAUUCUUGUUGGCCUGUAUUUGUAACACCAUAUAAUCUUCCACCCGAGAUGUGUAUGACCAGUCCAUAUAUAUUUCUCAAUUGUGUCAUUCCUGGCCCUCGGAAUCCAAAAGUAUUGAUUGAUGUAUACUUGCAACCUUUGAUUGAUGAGUUGAAACAAUUGUGGGUUCAAGGGGUUGAAACAUUUGAUGUGUCUCUUAAGCAGAAUUUUAAUUUGCGGGCUGCCUUAAUGUGGACUAUUAAUGAUUUUCCAGCAUAUGGAAUGUUGUCAGGGUGGAUGACAGCGGAAAAUUUAGCUUGUCCUCAUUGUAUGGAAAAUACUAAAUCAUUCACUUUGAAACAUGGUCGUAAAAAUUCUUGGUUUGACUGUCAUCGACAGUUCUUGCCAAUGGAUCAUGAGUUUAGGAGUAUGAAAAAUGCAUUCAGNAAGGUCGCAAAAGAACAACCCUAUAAAUUUGAUGGAUAUGGUGUUGCACAUAACUGGACAAAACAAAGCAUAUUCUGGGAGUUACCGUAUUGGAAGGACAAUCUUCUUCGACAUAAUCUUGAUGUCAUGCAUAUUGAAAAAAAUUACUUUGAUAAUUUAUUUAACACAGUAAUGGAUGUCACUGGCAAGACAAAAGAUAGUGUUAAAGCUAGAAUGGACUUACCUGAAUAUUGCAGGCGAAAAGAGUUAUGGUUGCAAGAGAAACAGAACAACAAGUUCUUCAAGCCUAAGGCUAGUUAUUCAUUUACAAGGGAUCAAAAGCGUAAAAUUUGUGAAUGGGUCGAGCAACUUAAGAUGCCUGCUGGACAUGCUUCAAAUUUAGGAAAAUGUGUUGAUAUGGAGCAUGGAAAAUUACAUUGUAUGAAAAGUCAUGAUUGUCAUGUCUUCAUGGAAACAUUACUCCCCGUUGCAUUUAGUGGCUUGCCUGAUAGAAUUUGGAAACCUAUGACUGAAAUCAGUUUGUUCUUCAAGGACUUGUGUUCUAAUACGUUAAGGGAAGACAACCUAGUUCAGAUGGAUCAGAAUAUUCCUGUAAUUACGAAUAAAUUGGAGAAGAUUCUUCCACCUGGAUUUUUCGAUGUGAUGGAGCAUCUUCCUGUACAUCUAGUGCAUGAAGCACGCCUUGGAGGUCCGGUUCAAUAUAGAUGGAUGUAUCCUUUUGAGAGGACUAUUGGAAAGUCUAAACGGGGCAUGAAACAAAAUCAUAGAGUUGAAGGCUCAAUGGUUCAAUUCCAUCUUGGUAGGGAGAUAACUAAUUUUGGUUCUUAUUACUUUAAAAGAAUUGUGUCAUGCUUUCAAAAUAGACCCAAUUGCCAUGACGAUGGUGGUGAGACUAUGAAGCCACUAUCAAUCUUCAAUCAACCAGGCAAAGGUUCAAAAAAACGCACAAGGAGGAAUCUUAGUGCCAUUGAGUUGCAGUCUGCAUCUACACAUGUCUUAUUGAAUUGCCCACAAGUUAAACCAUUUGUUGAGUAA